GUGGUUUCAUUAGGAGCUCAAGGUAUUUUGCGCUAAUCCGGUAGGAGAGCGUUUAAAUAAACCAAGGAUGGAGGCUGAGGGUGACAGGAGGAGAGAGAAACACCAGCUCGGCUGUCGGCAAUCCCCUGGACAAUCUAACGCACAUGCAGAAGGACACAGGCGUGAAGUCUGAUCCAUUUCAUGCAUCUUGCACUUCAAGACCAUCGGCACUAAAUUAGAUCAAAAAUGAUUUUCCUGAUGGACCUCCAGAUGAUGCUGCUGGAUGUGAUUUACUUCAUCCUGCGCAACUCUGUGCGCAUUUUGCUGCGCCCGCGCACCAAGCCCGUUGAUGGUGAGCUGGUGCUGAUCACCGGAUCGGGAGGAGGCCUGGGUCGACUCUUUGCCCAGGAGUUCACCAGGCACGGGGCAGAUGUGGUGCUGUGGGACGUCAAUAGCAGCUCCAAUGAGCAGACAGCCCAGCUGGUGCGUGAGAUGGGAGGUAAGGCGUACGCGUACACAGUGGAUGUGACCAAGCGGGAGGACGUGUACCGCAACGCAGAGCUCGUGAGGAGGGACCUGGGCCGAGACGUCACCAUACUGGUGAACAAUGCCGGAGUGGUGGCGGGGGAGCGCAUGUUGGACUGUCCCGACGAACUGAUUGAGAGGACCAUGAAGGUCAACUGUCACGCCCUCUUCUGGACAGUGAAGGCCUUCCUCCCCCAGAUGAUAGCCCAGAAUCACGGUCACAUCGUGACCAUCGCCAGUGUCCUCGGACUCUUCAGCACAGCUUGUGUCGAGGAUUACUGUGCCAGUAAGUUCGCUGCGGUGGGUUUUCACGAGUCUCUGGCCCACGAGCUGCUGGCUGAGGACGUUGAAGGAGUGAAGACUACGCUCGUGUGCCCCUACAUCGUGGAGACAGGCAUGUUCCAAGGCUGCAAGAUACGGGACGAGGUGGAAGUGCUCCUCCCCCCUCUGAAGCCUCAGUACUGCGUUGAGCAGGCCAUGAACGCCAUCUUGAUAGACCAGCCACUGGUGUGCAUCCCUCGCCUCACCUACCUCCCUUUCCUCGCCAGAGCGCUGUUCCCAUGGGAAUCCAAUGUGGUUGUGUAUCGUUUCAUGGGGUCCGACAAGUGCAUGUACCCCUUCAUUGAUACCAUGAAGAAACAAGCUUUGAAUGGCGGCAUUAAAGUUGAAUAGUCGUAAAUUAGUACAUUGAUAACGUCUCAUCGUUUGAAAAGGGUUUAUGGUAAAUAAGAUGAUGCAGAAAAGAGAGAAACAGCUACAGCCAGGAUUCAAUCACAACCUGAGGAUAGUCAGAAUUACAACUACAUUGAAAGGAUUUUUUUUUUUAAAACAACUGAAAACUGAUCAUUCAGAAGACUGUGCUCGAUGACAACUCUGCCAAGUGGUCAUCAGUACACCAGAAACGAUUUCAACAAUGUGAAGAAGGUCGACGUACCUUCAAAAUUGUUUUCACCAAAAAUCUGCUUGACAGCAGGACAGUGAUUAAAUCCUGGACUGAUCCAAACGGGAAUGAAUAUUGUGCUGCAUUGUUUACAUAAAAUAAAAUGAUUAAAAAAAACACUGCUAUAAAACACAACUGUCAAACCGGAGCAAGCGAUUUGUGUGCUGAACUGUUCGAACUGCACCAGACAUGCA